AAUUUCUUAGGUCUCUACAGUCUCUAGCCCUAACGCCUAUUCGCUUACGUUCAACGUCACGACGUGUGCCUCGACUCGCAUACGUCAAUACGUUCAACGUAAGGGGAUGCUCCCAUCUGUUGAUAGGUUUUGGUACUAGUCGGUCGCCUUCGCUAACUGGUUAGCUGUCUUUGAGGAAUUGUAGUUUAGUUAGGAUCAUAUAUUAUAUAUAUUUAAACAUAUAUAUAUAUAUAUAUAUUAAUAUAUUGAUACAAGUUAACGUUACAAUGAACCACAGGCGCAAUCCUAAAUACUUCGAAGUGAAGCCACCCAGAGGAGCUGUCCCACGACAUCCACCACGACAGGGAGGACUAUGCUUUAGGUCUGCUGCAACAAGCGUGAUCAGUGUACCAACCAGCGCACCUAAAAUACCAUCUACAACACAGCCAGCUCCUAAACAUACAGCCUCUUCUGGAGGACAGUGGAGGUCUCCCUGGGCCUCUACGUUCAAACCCACCGAUGGAUCCAGUCCUCAGGAGAACACGUCUCAGGAUCACAGCACAAGCAAUGCAGAGGAGGUGGACCUCUACGACCCUUACGACCCGCUCUCGUCAGAGUCUGAGUCUGAGUUGGCGCAGAGGAAGCGGUACGACCGCAACAGUCCCAAGAGAGACGUCGACCACCGGAGUCACUGGGAGAUGGCCCAACCAAAGGAGACGGGCGCCCAGAGGUGGGACCGAGGUGCAGAGCGGCAGGAGUGCGGUGCAGAGAGGCGGGACCGAAGCGCAGAGAGGCGGGACCGAAGCGCAGAGAGGCGGGACCGAAGCGCAGAGAGGCGGGACAGAGACCCAGACGCCAGACUGCCAAAUCAUGGCAGUCUCAGUCCAAGUGGUAGCCAACAUCGCCGGGCUUCUAGCACUGGUGUUCCCAGGACCUAUGACCAGAUCUGUUACGACCCUGUGAGGCCCAAUGAGAGAUCCAGUCCUGAGGAACACAGUCUCAGGGAAGAGCGAGUCCCAGAAUUUGCCACAAAUGUUGGGUUAUCCACGCCAAACUUCCCCGCAGACGAUCAGCUUCAGAAAGGAUACUGUGAAACCGGAGGGUCAUCGGCGAACAUGGCAUCUCCCCGAGAGAUUGCCAUGAGCAGCAGAGCAAUCACAGUGAAGGACGUGGAACAACAAAGCGCCUUUACCUGUGAGCUGUGUGAGGAGGAAUGUGCCGGACUGGAGGGGCUGCAAGAGCACCUGGAGAGCAGGGGCCACUGGAACACCAUGGAGCACAUUCAGCAGCUGAACCACUACGACGACCUGACCAUGGCCUUCCUACAGGAGGUCAUGAUGUUCAAAGUGAGACGGUGUUGCAGUGCUAUGGUGGAUCAGGACAUCGAAGCGUUGAAGGAGACUGAUCACAUGAGCAGGGUGGAUGUGCUCCACUGUGCUGUGUGUAGUGUCUACAUCUCCACCUCGGCGACCUCCGUGAAGAACCAUGUCGCCUCUAUGGAACACCUCCAUAACAAAAAGUCAUUUUCCUACCGGCAGAAACAGGAAUGUCUUGACAAGGCUGCAGUUAUGAUCACCCUAUUAAAACCCCAGUUUGAACAGUACCGUCAGGGUGGCAAUCCGUUUGAAUGACUGGAUCAUCCUAUGGCCUGGAGGAAGCUCAAGCCAUAAUGCUGUUUGCUACAUACAGCUAAGGACAAUACAUAUGUAGCGCUUUCCUUUUAAACUCAGAAUACAAUCUAUGGCAUUGAUACCAGAUAUGUCCACUGCCAAGAAGGACGCUUUGAGACAAGGUGAUACUCAUGACUUGGGUUUGACGGGUUCCGUCUUUUCAAACUUGCCUGGAGUGUCAAAUUCAACUGUGAAUUUGGACACAGUUGAAUGCGUCAGAGGCUGUUCCACGUCAAUACCUUACUUUCCUGUAUGUGUUUAUAUUAUUUUCCCAAUCCGUAUCCUAGGCGGUUUGCCAAAAUAAAUCUUCUUUUAAAUAAAUUACAUGAACCUAA